AUGUCAGUGUCUUCAGUCUCUUCCUGUGUGUCAUCGCACCAUUCCCGCUGCACUCUUCUCUCUCUCUCCAAAAUGGACGAUCCCGAAGCGUUGCUGCCGGCGAUCGAGCGGCGGACGAAGCAGCUGCGGCAGCAGGAGCAGAUGUUGCGGGAAGCCGUGACGGCCGCGUCGCGCAGGAAGGAGACGAGCGCGGCGGCGCUUAGGGCCGCCGAGGACGCGCACCAGCAGCUGCUGCGCGAUCGAUUCCCCGCGCUCAACGCGCAGGUGAAUGCUCAGCUGGACGCCAUGGCCGCCCAUGCCGCCGCCAUCGCCGCCUUCCUCUCCCCCGCGCGUGAGUCACCCGUCAUCUCUCGUGCGCCAUCCCUUGCGACGCUGUUAUUACCCUCACCGAGCAUCCCUCGAUUACUCACAACAGGGCCCGGUUCGCUGGCGAUGGUGGCGGGGGUAGAGCCGCUACUGGAGGCGCAGGAGGAGGUGGCGCUGCAGCACGAGGUGUGGAAGCGACGCCAGUUCGAUGAGGGGCCGUCCCGGGCGGUGGCAGCAGAGGGGUUGGGGCAGUACUCGCCGUGUGACCUCAACGCCCUGGAUGCUGGCGUCACCGCCUCUAAUCACAUGCCAGACGCCAUGUACCGGCGCAACAUAAUGGAGCUCAAACACGUGCACGACCUGUGGGUGCCGGAGGUGAUGCGGUGCCUGCAUGUCGCCUCCCUCCCUUCGUCUCCAGCCCUAUUCUCAUCUUCCCUGCACACCAUUGCAUUGCUUCCCUUCCCCUUCUCCUCUGCACCCCCACAUGGCAAUGCGUUGCACGUCUCAUUCCCCAUGCACGCUCUUACCCCCCCGGCUCCCUUUCUCUCCGAUCCUCGUCCCAUCAACCGCGCAUGCUCCCCGCCCCCGUGUGUGCGCCCACCAGGGCGGGGGAGGCAGAGCAGCGCUACGUGGCGGCCAUGGUGGACGAGGCCUGCUGGACCGUCAGGGGGAGGGCGGUUGGGAGGUGAGUCAGUGGGGGAGGCGGCGGAGGGGGAGAGGUGCACAUGUGAGAGCAGCGCUACGUGGCGGCCAUGGUGGAUGAGGCCCGCUGGACCGUCAGGGGGAGGGCAAUGGGCAGCUGCCCCUUUCCCCCGUCCAUUCACGCGCCUCUUACUCCUCCCCGCCCCCUCGCCCAUGCAUCCCCAUAUCCUUGCGUCCGCCCAACCACCAGGCGACUAUGACCUCAAGAUUCAACGGCAGCGCUUCUACCUCGCCAAGAUGCACCAGCUGCUGACUCAGCAGUACUGGCAACUUGCUGUCAACGUGGCACUGCAUGGAGCCGUCCUAUUGGACGCGCACCACCUGGAGCGCACCCAGAAGUUGCUGCUCCUAUUGCAUCGCGACACGGCGGGCAUGCAGGCGGGCAUGGUGGAGCUGCUCUCAUCGCCGCACGCCACUCCCUCCUCCACCGCCGCUCAUGCCAUGCCUCUGCACCUCUCGCCCCCUGCUCUCCUGGACGAGCGGCUGCGAGUGGAGCGCCAGCUCAGCGAUGAUGUGGCACCAGCGAUUGACAGGCUGGCAGAGGAGUGGCAGACAACCCAGAGGAGCGCUGUGCACGCACCACGGCACGCCAUCCGGCAGCGAGUGCUGCACUCCUUCUUCUCCCCAGGCGCCCUCUCCCAUGCGCUGCUGCUCGCGCACUCUGCACAAGGGGUCGGGCUCGAGGGGGAAGGGCACCAAGGGGGAGGGCUGGAGGGCGGAGGGCAGGAGGUUAGAGAGGCUCAAGGCAGGACGAACGGGCAGAGGAGGGAGAGCAGGGGUGGUGGAUGCGAGGGCAGUGGCAUGGACGGCAGCAUGGAUGAUGGGGGAGCCAUGGACCAGGGCAUGGGCAGGGAGGGCGGGAUGCAUGUGGGCAUGGGGAUGGGCAUGGAGGAGGACGAUGACAACAUCAUCUUCUGA